AUGGCGCGCCAGCUGCGCCGCGAAGACUACACGGUAGGCUGGGUGUGCGCCCUGCCCGUCGAGCUGGCGGCUGCGCAGGAGAUGCUCGACGAAGAGCACGACAUGCCUCCGUCCAGCACCCAUGACACUAACAUCUACACCUGCGGUCGAGUUGGUAAGCAUAACGUCGUUAUUGCAUGUCUGCCCGAAGGACAAAUGGGCACCCACUCAGCUGCCGCGGUCGCUGUCAAGGAUGCAGAUAUUAGGCUUGGAGAUGUCGUGGUUAGCAAGCCGCAUCAAGUGCAUGGCGGAGUGGUGCAGUACGAUUCUGGCAAGGUUACACCGAGCGGGUUUGAGCGCACGGGGUGGCUUGACGCUCCGCCGCCAGUCCUACUUCACGCGGUCACAAACCUGAAGGCCAGUCAUAUGAGGGGAAAAUACAGACUGUCUGAGUAUCUCUCUAAGCUAGACAGCCUGCCAGGCUUCACGCGAGAAGCUGCCGGAUACUCUCUUUGCCGCGACCAUUGCGACAAAAGCCAUCUAGCAGAUCGGGAGCCGCGAGAGCAAGAGGUGUUAGUGCAUUACGGCACGAUCGCAUCGGGCAACCAAGUCAUAAGGAAUGCGGCGGAACGAGACAGGAUCAGCGCAGAGCUGGGCGGCGUGCUUUGCUUCGAGAUGGAAGCGGCUGGGCUUAUGAACAGCUUUCCGUAUCUGGUGAUCCGCGGCAUCUCCGACUACGCGGACUCGCACAAGAGCAAGCGGUGGCAGCCAUAUGCGGCGGCGACAGCGGCAGCGUGCGCCCAGGCAAUGCUGUCUGUGAUACCAACAACCGAGGUUGAAGAGAUUGUUCAUGUUUUGACAACACUUCUCCGUAUGCUAUAA